UAUAUAAUAAAGUAUUUAAACUGUAGUAAGAGUAAUUGUGUUAAUUUUAAUAUAUAACCAAAACAUAAAAAGUAAUGUACUUGCUAAUAGUUAUCAUUUCUGUAACUUUUGCAUUAGUCACAUGUCAGUAUUAUAAUAUUACAAUACUUGAACGAUCUUUUGGAGAAAUAAUUUGUCCGAUACAAACAUAUAUUAAAAUUGGCACAGCAACAUAUGGCCCUAUUCCUACUGACUGCAAAAACUGUUUAAAUCAAAACUGUCCAAAAAGCAUAACUGGGUUUGUUCAAAACUUAUGCGAUGGAAAUAAUAAUUGCAUUGUCCAGUCUAAUAACGACUUAUAUGGUGAUCCAUGUUUUGGCACAACAAAAUACGCUAAUAUUUUCUAUUAUUGUUAUUCUAACGCUUUUUGGACGUCAUGGAACACUUGGUCAAGUUGUAAUGUUUCAUAUGGCUAUGGAUUUUAUAACAGAACUAGGAUGUGUAAUUCCACAAAUGCUCAAGAACAAUGUUCUGGUAACAGCACUGAGGUUGCUAUGUGUUUUGUUAAUCAUACUUAUGCAGCUUUUUGGACCGCAUGGAGCGCUUGGUCAAGCUGUAAUGUUUCAUAUGACUAUGGGUUUUUUAACAGAACUAGGAUGUGUAAUUCCUCAAAUGCUAUAGAAAAAUGUUUUGGCAACAGCACUGAAGUUGCUGUGUGUUUUGUUAAUCAUACUUAUGCAGCUUUUUGGACCGCAUGGAGCGCUUGGUCAAGCUGUAAUGUUUCAUAUGACUAUGGGUUUUUUAACAGAACUAGGAUGUGUAAUUCCUCAAAUGCUAUAGAAAAAUGUUUUGGCAACAGCAUUGAAGUAGCUGUGUGUUUUGUUAAUCAUACUUAUGCAGCUUUUUGGACAGCAUGGAGCGCUUGGUCAAGUUGUAAUGUUUCAUAUGGCUAUGGGUUUUUUAACAGAACUAGGAUGUGUAAUUCCUCCAAUGCCAUAGAACAAUGUUUUGGUAACAGCACUGAAGUACAGGAGUGUUUUGUAACUAAAACACAUGCAGGCUCUAUGUUGAAUAUUUCUUUUACUGCUACUAUACAAAGAAAUAUUGUUAUGAUGAGCAUAAAAAUGUAUCCAACAUACAAUAUAAUAUCAAUCACAUAUAUUGAGUUUGAAAUUUUCUUACCGGUAUUUUUAAGUGUUUUAACAUACAAUGUUGGGCAACAUUUAGUUAGAACCAAUACCAAUCAACUGAAGUUUUCUUUUAAUGGAAGUCUUUUUAAAUUGGAUAUAUUUAACUACAGUUUCAUUGCAUUCUUCAAUGAUUCAACAUGUCCAAUAUCUGGAUUGUUCACAUUAGAAGUUCCUUUGAAGAUAUCUUUCCAAGUAGAUUCUCAAAAUAUCAUAACAUUAACAAAAACAUUUCAAAAGGUUGUAGAAUGUUUCAACAUUCCGAAAUUACCGAUAUUUCCAGAUAUUUUAAAAGAAAGUUAUGGUUGUGGAAUUUAUUGGGAUGCAGGUAACCAGCACAUAUAUGUAUGCAUGAACCAAUAUACGCAAAGUACUAAAUCAGCAUGUUAUUAUUCCAAUAAUGAUGGGUUUUUGUGGUCUGAAUUAGAUAUUAUCAUUGGUUCCGUUCUCGGUCAUCACUCUGUGACAAAAGAGUUUUACGCCAUUCAUCGUAAUCGAAAAACAUAUAUGAUGUUUCAUAGUAUUUAUAAGAAAUGGCUUGCUGUAAGCAAUCAAGACUAUGACAAUAAUGCAUCAAGAUUUAUUGACUCCGUUUGGCGAAAGAAUUUGGAAGACGAAUCUGAACAAAUUUACACUUUUGGGCUGAACCAAUGGUUGGGAAACUCUCAAGGUUUGUUUUUUCGAAAGCUUGGAAAUGACUCCUGGAUACAAAGAGUGAGGUGGAAACGUUAAAGAAUAUAUGCGAUGUGUUUUAAAAGCUUUAUUUCUAAAAUUUGCCACCCUAACAUUUUUUUUUAAGAAGAUAUGUAUUUUAU